AUGGCGGUGGGUGGCCGUGGUGGCAGGGCUGGGGACAUGACGGGCAUGGUUCUCUACCUGCCCUCCAGCCCCCAGCAAGUGGCGAACACCCUGGCGCUGCUGCGGAGCCGCACGGGGAAGACGGUGGACCUGGGAUCGGGAGAUGGCCGGCUUGUGGUAGAGGCUUAUAAGCAAGGUCUCAGGCCAGCCGUUGGCUACGAGCUCAACCCCUGGCUGCUGUGCCUCUCCAGCUACCGGGCCUGGAGGGCUGGGUACCACGGGAAGGUUUCCUUCCUGAAGAAGGACCUGUGGAAGAAACCUCCCCUGGCCGCCAAGCUCCUUGCAGAACUCCCCGACGAAGCCCGGGUGGUGGCUGGACGCUUCCCCUUCCCCUCCUGGACCCCCACCAGCACCCUUGGGGAGGGCUUGGAGCAAGUCUGGGCCUAUGACAUGAAGGAGGAGAACCGUUACAGCAGUGUCCUAGGAGGCAGGAACGGGAACCUGGCCCUGCAGCCCCCCAGUAAAAAGCUGCCUGGGAACCUGACCCCGUGUCCCAAGGCGUGA